AUGCCGUUCUGGGAGAAGAACGAGAAGACAGGCGAUGUCGUCUCGCAAGCACCAUCAGACCCUAUCGCCCGUGAAUCUCAUGAUGAGGGUAUCAUCCACGACAAUGCUGAUCACCUGCAACGCCGUCUCGGUAACAGACAAAUCCAAUUGAUUGCUAUCGGCGGCUCCAUCGGUACAGCUCUGUUCGUUUCCAUCGGCGGUGGCCUUGAGAAGGGUGGUCCUGGAUCACUCUUUUUGGCCUAUACUAUUUACUCCUGCUUCCUUGGUUUAGUCAAUAACUGUAUCGCCGAGAUGACGAUCCUCUAUCCGGUGGAAGGAGGAUUCAUUCGACUGGCGGGCAAGUUCGUUGAUGAAGCCUUCGGUUUCAUGGCUGGCUGGAACUUCUUCCUUUAUGAAGCUCUGCUUAUUCCAUUCGAAAUUACCGCAUUGACCACCGUUCUUGGUUUCUGGAGUGACAACAUCCCGCCAUGGUCAAUUCCGAUUGCUUGCAUUGUCCUCUAUGGUCUUCUCAACUGCCUCGCAGUCAAAGCCUAUGGUGAAGCCGAGUUCUGGCUCUCAGGCGGAAAAGUUAUCCUUAUUUUCAUCCUGUUCUCGUUCACAUUCGUCACCAUGGUCGGCGGUAACCCUCAACACGACGCCUAUGGAUUCCGCAAUUGGGAGCAUGGCAAUGCUUUCCAAGAAUUCAGAACCAAAGCCGCUCUUGGUAGAUUUGAAGGAUUCCUUGCCGCUCUUUGGUCCGCCUCUUUCUGUGUCGUUGGCCCAGAGUACAUCUCUAUGGUCUCCGCUGAGGCCAAGCGUCCCCGCACUUACAUCAAGACCGCAUUCAAGACCGUCUACUGGCGUUUCGGAAUCUUCUUCAUCGGUGGUGCCCUCGCCGCCGGCAUUGUUUGCGCCUCCAAGAACCCCAUGCUUGUCGACAUUGUUAGUGGAGUCAAGGCUGGUGCUGGUACCGCUGCUGCCUCUCCCUAUGUCAUCGCCAUGAAGCAGAUGGGAAUUACUGGACUCCCCGACUUGGUCAACGCACUGCUUGUCACCUCCAUCUUCUCGGCUGGUAACACCUACACCUACUGCGCUACCCGCUCUCUCCACGGUAUGGCCGUUGAAGGUCGUGCUCCUCCCUUCUUCCGCAAGACUACCAAGAACGGUGUUCCGAUCUACUGUUUCGCCUUCGUCAUGAUGUUCCCCUGCUUGUCCUUCCUCCAGGUUUCUAACGGCUCAAACAAGGUCCUUACUUGGUUGGUUAACUUGAUUACCGCUGGUGGUAUCAUCAACUAUAUCGUCAUGACUGUCACCUACAUCUUCUUCUGGCGCGCAUUGAAGGCCCAGGGCAUCGACAGAAAGACCCUCCCCUACUGUGGUUGGUUCCAACCUUACUCUGCUUACAUCGGACUUGCCUGGAUGAUCAUGAUUGUUACCUGCUACGGCUACACUUCAUUCGCACCCUGGUCCGUCGACAACUUCUUCAUCUACUACACUAUGGUUUUGCUCGCACCUGUCACCUUCACCUUCUGGAAGGUGUUCAGAAGAACCAAGCUCCAGCGACCCAUGACCACCGACCUUGUCUGGGAGCGUCCUGCCAUCGAUGCUUACGAAGCUACCUUCUUGGAUCCCCCUAACUCAUUCUGGCGCGAGAUGCUUCCAUUCCUCAAGGGCAACGGCAGCGACCGUCAGGCCACCGAUCGCCAAUCCAGCGAAGACUGUGGCAACUACUCCGGCAUGGAGUAA